GAGUGACACCCGGCCCUUCGACCGUUCUGCUGCUCGCCUUGUUCUUCCAUUGUCCAUCCCCUUGCCCGUGCUCCCGCGGUCGCUGAACGUACCCAAGGUCGCCGACGACCACAUUAUCGCCCGUCCUUCCCCAGCUUACGCCUGCAGCCCUCGCCUCCCCGUCGCGUCGUCUGCCUUCUUCCCCUCGGUUUCCGAUAGUCGCUCCGUUGCCCAGUCCCCAGUAUGCAGGCCAUCAAGUGUGUUGUCGUAGGAGAUGGUGCGGUCGGAAAGACCUGCCUGCUAAUCUCGUAUACCACGAACGCGUUCCCGGGAGAAUAUAUCCCGACCGUGUUCGAUAACUACUCCGCCAAUGUCAUGGUCGACGGCAAGACUAUCUCCCUCGGGCUUUGGGAUACCGCUGGUCAAGAAGAUUACGACCGUCUCCGCCCGCUCUCCUACCCUCAGACGGAUGUCUUCUUGAUUUGUUUCUCGCUCGUCAGCCCGCCAAGUUUCGAGAACGUCCGGACCAAGUGGUACCCUGAAAUAUCGCAUCACGCACCGCAGACGCCCGUCGUGCUCGUGGGCACCAAGCUGGAUUUGCGAGAGGACCCUGCGACGAUAGAGAAACUGCGUGACCGCCGCAUGUCCCCCAUCCAGUACUCGCAGGGUGUCGCGAUGAUGAAGGACAUCGGUGCUGUGAAGUACCUAGAGUGUUCCGCGCUGACGCAAAAGGGGCUCAAGACCGUGUUUGACGAGGCGAUCCGUGUUGUCUUGUACCCGUCCGCGCGGUCCGACAACAAACGCAGCAAGGGCCGCUCAUGCAUUGUCGCAUAAGUGGACUCCAGCGCCGCUGUAUGGGUGGACGAACCACAGGAAGUGUUGUGCGCACUGUAUCAUCACGCGGCGCGCGGCGCUCCCUGCACUAUAUCACGCCAUUUAUGUCUUUCUUCUAGUACUAUCUCCUUUUUCGCGCCAGCUGCUGAUAUCCGCACGGUUUCCUGCCAACACAUACCAGUGGAACUCGAGGAUCCUGACCAUUUUGCUACUCGUCACGACCACCCUUGCCUCACACCCCCUUUCUCUUGACUCUCAGGUUCUCUAAUUCGACGACCUGCUCUUCGAAUUUCGCUCCCCUUUGCCCACAUAGUACAUAUAGUAUCACCGUGACGAACUGUAUCCUCCUUGACGAUCUUUGCUCGUGCAUACACGUCUGCACCACGGACCCCCAGGCACUUGCGGCAAGAAGGAUCUGCGCCGGCGGAAUGCGGCUAAGGGGGCACCGCGA